AAUUUUCUUUCAGUUGUUCGUUCACGGAAACUUACUCGUUUGAAAUUAGUAAGACAUAGUUAUUUGACAAUUUUAACAGAACUAUUUUCAUCUGUUAACACGUGUAGAUGUGUUGAAAGAAUGACAAGGUCUACCAAAAAUCUACUUUUAAUUGAAGAUUUGCUAAUCCUUCCGGGCCGGGGCAUUUGAUAUCAACCCAGGUUUUUGGUGGUGUUCUUGUUGGGCCUAUGAACUGAAACUUCACGUGUUUGAAAGCAUGUCAAGAAGCCUGGUCACGGGAUAUUGAUGCCUGUAUAAAAGAGCAUGCACUGCGGAUGAGUUUUAAAGAUAAGAAUCCAUCCUGCAAUUCCAGAUCCAGAUUGACAUUGAGCUAGGCAAUCGGAUUGAAAAAGCCUAGUUAUGAAGUUCUAUACCAUGGAAUCGAAAGUUGUCACUGCAAAGGAACGAUUGAGUGCUACUCUCAAGAGAUAUGGUGCAAUACAGAUACUUCUUGGCCUAGGCUGUUUAAUCAUUGCAUUCGUUUCAAUAGGAAUCGACAAGAAAUUUUGUGACAAUUUAGGGAAGAAAGAAGUUGUUAUUACAAAUGCCACAAUACCUACAUUCACGUUUGAUAAGAAAACCAUUAUGCUCGGACUAGAUGGAGGAUCCGUGGUGUCAGCUAUUUGGGUUGUUGUCACAGGAAUUGUCCCAGCUUAUAUGGCAAGAAAUGCAGACUACAGCUUGAUAAGAACUAAAGUGGUAUUCAUGGUUUUUAGCAUUAUGGCGACAUCAUUGUUCGUACCCAUUAUUAUUGGUGCAGCAACAGCUAACUAUAUACUGCGUGAUAGCCACAUGGAAUUGCUUGUCAUAACUGGCCUUAUAUGCCUUCUAGAAUUCCUGGUGUCUUUUGCUGCGUCACUUUAUUGCUGUGCAUCACCAUGGGCUCCAUGCAAACUAGCGAAGAAAGACAGAGAAGUAAGAAGUGAGCAAUUCGUUGACAACGAGAAGCAAAUGACAAAGCUAGAACUUCCAGAAUAUAAACCAUAAUCAGCUAUUUCCAAUGGACUAUACAAAGACUGCAAAACCUAUCAUGAUCUUUUAUUAACCAAAGCACUGCCUUUGUAUUGCUUAGUUUACUUUGUGUCUAAUCUGUCUUAAAGGAUUUAAAAACAAAAAAUGGCUAAGGUUCAGGUUUUUUUUUAAUAUUCUUGUAAUCAAAAUUUAAAUUAAAAACAUUUUUUUACGUGUGUAUCAUUUAUCACUAACUAAAAUAAAUUUAUUUUCUUAAAUCAAAAUAGGAAAUGACAAAAACAAUCCAUUGACUAUUUUAUCAAGUAUUUCUACUGCAUAGUAUAUUAAACUUUGAGAAUUUGGAAGAAACAAAAAACAUAGGUGUUCAUAUAUUCCCUUAUCUGCUUAACACUGAUAUAUAAUCAGAUUAUAUAAACCUUCAACAUACAAUUAUAUGAUUAUUUACAUAUAUAUUUGUCUAAAUAUAACUAUCUAACAAAAUUAUAUAUAUUUUUUAUUCCUUUCGACAUAUAGAGUAUAAUAUAGUUUAAAUACAUGCCUAAGAUUCUCCAUGCUACUGUUAAGUAUGAAUCAAGUAUAAAAGAAAAUAGACUUAAUUACAACCAAAAGCAAUGAAAUCUUCAGAAUUGUUUAUUGUCGGCAAGACUUAUACAGGGACUAAACGGUAAAGUAAAUAAGGAACUCUAAGUCAAUUUGUAACAAUGAUGGAAUUUAAAUGAAUUUUUGUGUAUCAGGGAAAUCAGAUGGAAAACAACAGUGACUUCUUUGUACUUUAAAUGUAAUUUUGAUUUAUAUUUCUGUAUAUUCAUAUCAUAAGAAGACUAGAUGUGCUUGCUUGUAAUAAUAAAUUUUCAUUUGAAA